AAAUAGUUUUGCGUCUCCGCCCAGAUCUGCAGAAAACCUGCGGUAAUUUUGAAAAAGUACGAGCUCCUUGGAAUAGUGCAGAGUUUGCUUGAUUUUGCGCUCAUUUCUGCGAUCGCAAAAUCCUCUGGAUGGAGUGCAAUAAUGCGAUACGUUAAAAAAAAAAAAAAAAAAAAAAACCAAACAAUGUACUGUAUAGCUGUAAUAUGAUGUGAUGCAAUCCAGGAGAAGCUCGAUCUGCCUCCGAAAGCUGCAAAAGCUGAACACACAUAAGAAUCUUUGUCUUGGCCUGUUUUGCUGGUGUAAAGCAGUGAAGAAAUGUGACAGGCGAGAAAUUUGAGUUGAAAAAAUGUCCACGUCUGUCAUGUGUUAUAAGGAAAGUGACAUAAGGGGCUGUCUCUGUUCUAAUUUCCGACAAUGCUCUGAGCAUAUGCUUCUUGAAUUCAGAUUUUUUUUUCCAGAAUUCCAGAUAUCAGACAAUCUAACGCCUGCCAAUGGUUCCUUGUGUCAGGAACUUUGGGUCUCACUUUUUAUCAGAUGGUCUGCAUUCCAUUCAGACAGCUCUGAGUUGUUACAGCAGUCCAAUCCCUUUCACACAAAAGAUGGAAAGCGUCUGUUUGGAUUUACACCCCUGUGUUCGACACAUCCGAAACCCUCUGCGCAUUCUUCCAGUCCAGGCUUCCGCUCCUCUGUAGGGAUCUUCAAGUUAUGGGCCUUGUACACAUACGAAGAUGACAGCAACGAUCUGACGCUGGCAUCAUCAGGAGACGGCGGCCUGGCUGAAAUCAUGGUCACCUUCGACAACGGCUGCAUCAUGUACGGCUUCUGCAGCCUGAAGGAGCCGACGUCCGCCCUGCCUCGCUACAUCCUCAUCAACUGGGUUGGUGAGGACGUCCCUGAUGCCAGGAAAUGUGCCUGUGCCAGCCAUGUAGCCACCAUCGCGGAGUUUUUCCAGGUGGGUCUCGCUAAGGGAGUUGACGUCAUCAUCAAUGCCAGCAGCAUGGACGACAUCGACCCCUCAGCCAUCGGCCAGAGAUUGACCAAUGGGACGGGGCCGAGCGCUAGCCCGGUGCUCGGCCGCCUGCGAAUGAGAGACGAGGAGAACGCGGAGCACGUUGGCACCACCUACCAGAAGACGAACGCGGAAAUCGAGAUGAAGAGGAUCAACCGGGAAGAGUUCUGGGAACAAGCCAAGCGGGAAGAAGAGCUGAGGAAGGAGGAGGAACGAAAGAAACUAGCGGAAGAGCGGCAACGCUUCGAAGACGAGCGGAUGGAGCUGGAGAGGAAGGAGCAGGAGGAGAGAGAGAAGAGAUACCGUGAGAGGGAGAGGCAGAUUGAGGAACACAGGAAGAAAAUGCAAGAAGAAGAGGAGGCCAAAGACAGGUCACGACCUCAGCCCCUGGUUACAGAGCCCAGUUGUGACGACCUCUCUCAAGACAAAAAGGAGUCCGAGGUCGAGAUACCAGGAUUAUUAUUGUUUUUUUCCGGGGGGGGGGUGUUUCGUCGGCAGGAGGCAGCGGCCAUAAUCGCCCAGCGCACGAGCAACCCUCGAGAGUUCUUCAAGCAGAGAGAAAAGGCUGUAGCCAGCAGCUUGGACACGUCACCCAUCAGCUCCCACAGGACCGGCCGCUUGGACAGUCCGUUCUUGAAGCAGCAGCACAGUGUGUGUGUGUCCAGUACAUCCUCCUCUCGCACCCCAGGCCCACUUGAUGACUCUCCUGAAGGCGUCUCGACCGCUUCCCCGACACCACCCAUCCCUAAAAUCGCCAUCCAGGAAGACAAAGACGACAACAGCGAGAAGGAAUGGGCCCCUGAGUCUCCUGAGCGAGUCCCGGUGCAGGAGUCCGAGCCUGUCCAGACCGACGUUCCUCAGGAUCAUCCCACGGAGUUGAAAUCCACCAGCGCUGAGGACACGCUUAUGGAUAUGUGGGAGAGCAGCCCGGCGCCCACGGCCACACCCUGCCAGGCCCCACACAUCAUGGACCUGAUGGGCGAUGCCGACUCGUCACCCAGCCUCCCUCAGCCCCUGCUCAGCUUUGAUGACGUGCCUGACGCCCAGCUGUGCCCCUCGUCCGAGGACGCACCCUCCAGCCUGGUCGACGUUGCUGAGUCGCACCACAUGACCCUGAGCUACCAGCAGGCCUCCGACAGCCAGGAGCUGGACGAGAGCCAGGAGCUCCUGACCAACGGAGACUCGCUGCUCAAAGAAGGGACCCAGGCGAGUGAAGGCUAUUUCAGCCAGUCACAGGAGGAGGAUUUCGCUCAGUCUGAUGAAUGCUCAGCAAAAGUCAAUCCCACGCCAGUAUUUUACAACAAACCACCAGAGAUCGACAUCACAUGCUGGGACACGGACCCCGUGGUGGACGACGAUGACUAAGACCUCCGGAGGGCGCUAGCUUACGACUCCCAGGAAGAAAGAAAAAAAAAAAAACGAAGAAAAAAACAACAAAAAAAACAAAAAAACACUUUUACAAAGCUUAUUCCGAGCUUAUCACGAUACAAAUCUGUACGAUAUUUUAGCAAAAAAAAAAAGAAACAAAACAAAAAAGGUCAGCCACUGAAAAGGAUCCGGGUUAUUGUUAAAGAUGCCAGCGGGUUUAAGCUCUCUCGGUUAGUCUGUGUGUGUGUGUGUGUGUGUGUGUGUGAGUGUGUACAAGUCAUUAUUUAUUUCCGUUCUCUUUUUUGCUAUGCAGAGUAUAGCACGGUGUGUAUUUAGCGCUCACCUGUGUUGUAUCGACUCCCUGUGCCUGACAGGUGUGACCAGUAGCAGAUAGAGCGUCCUGUUUUGUUUUUUUUUCUCUCGUUUUUUUAGCGAUGUUCCAGAACCUCGAAUGACGGAAAGGUUCUUUGAUCCAGCCAAGGUAGUACCGAAUCUCCCCUCGUUAGACGCUCAGGCUAGUAUUCAGCACUUUUCUUAUUCCGAUCACCGAUAAUCGAAGCCGAUAUUAAGUUUGUUCCCAUCUUAUUUGGUCUUUCGGAACGAGAAGAUACGCACCGCCGUGCGAUCGAUCUCGAUCUCGGCUCCGGAUUCGACGUGAUUUCGACGAGACGCGUUUCUUAGUCGUCAUUACGUUCCGGUCAGGUGACGGUGACUAAACUCUGCUUGACUUGCUUCAUUUCCUGCGCCAAGGGUCUCUCCAGCGAGUGGAUGUUUUCACGCUGUCGUGUCGGUGUUUUGCGAUUUAUAAUCAGGUGCCACAGGUAUAUUUCUAACUUAUAAAAAGUAGUAUUUUCCUCUUCUUUUUUUUUUUUUCCCCCAGUGUUCGCGAUAGAAUUAGAAUCGAUUUGACUCAGAGCUUAGGCAAUAACUAUUUUAAUGCAUAUUUAGCUGUGUGUGUGUGUGUGUGUGUGUGUUGUGUGCUUUUUAAUGAGAGAGUAACAUUUCCCCUGGAUAUCGGAGUAUUUGUAUACGAUUUUACCGAAACCCUCGAAUCCGACCUUGACGCCGUCGCGGUCUCGAUGGAAACCCUGCCCGCGGUAACCGUCGUUACGGCACCGAAAGCCUUCGGAAUGUCCACGAAGUAUUCCUAACAGUCCGACAUACCGGAUACUCGUCCGUCAUAACCGCGGCUCCUUCUCACAGCUCUCCUAGACGAAUCUCGUUCAACAUCUGUAGCUUGGACUGUCCUCAGUCUUCCGUAGUUUCGUAUUUCUGACCUGUCUUCAGUACGAUCCUAAGCCUUGUCGUUUUAGUCUGUCGAGGUUUUUCUUUUCAAUUGUUUUUAUUUUUUUUUAUUAUUAUUACAAAGUAAAAGAGGCGAAAUAAGCAAUAAUACUAAACUGAUGUAGUAUUGUUUUGUAAAUAAAAAUCAACAACAGGACGAAACAGUGACGAAACGCGCGUGACCGGAACCGUCGGCGUCGGAACACACGUGCGUUAACGUCUUCACGCGUUUUCUUAAACCCGGAUUUGACGUGGCUGGUCCGUGACGGGGAGCCGACCCGCAUCUUUAACGAUAACCGAGGCCCUUUUGACGUGAUUUCAGUGUACUCUUUAACCUCCGAGCUCCUCCGUAGUGAUUCUUACGCUCUUUCUUUCUCUCACACACUACUAGGAGAUUACUACUACCAAUACUAUUGCUACUAUUACUACUAAUAUACUACUCCAGUUUGCCCUUUGUCCCUGAAGCAAGGCUUAGCAACUCCUAAACUCACUCUCUCUCUCUCUCUCUCUCUCUCUCUCGCUCGGUUUCUUUCUUUCUUUCUUUCUUUCUUUCUUUUUUUUCCCCCCUCUCUCUUUUAUUAUUGUUUUCCAUCCUUCUCCUUUUUUUCCCCCCUUUUCGUCCGCUUUUUCUGUCACAUGCUGUUUUUGAAACAAGCACAAGAUCUUUUGUGACAUGCUACGUGCUUCUGUAUGUUAAUAAAAGAUUUCAAAAACAA